AUGUCCCCACGUGCCCAACGCGCUCAGCGACGCGGUGGGCCCUGCCCCGCGGCGGGGAGCCCGGCGGCGAAAUCCCCUCCGGAGACAGUGGGGGGGAGGGAUCAGGACCGACAGGCGGAGGAGGAGACGAUGGCAGAGUUGAUGGCGGGGGCGACUGCACACCUGGAGCCUCCUCUGCCCUCAGAUACCCCAUCACCUCCCACGGGAUUGGGAUCAGCCUCCCGCCAAGAAACAGCUGCGGGCACUCCAACGGCGCCGGUGAGGGUACGGCCGACGAGGAGGGCUGAGGUACAGGAGACGCCGAGGGACGAGGCGGCGGCGGUUGCGGUGGAAAGGGGAAGCGUCGCGGCGGUGACGGCGUCGGUGGAGGUGGUGGGUGAGGUGGCUGCUGCCGCGGAGGUGCCAGCGGAGGCUGUGACGGCAUUGGGGCGGGCGGGUGGAACUGCCGCCGCUUUUGGCGGUGGCUCAACUUCACCUUCUGCCAACCACCAGGGGGCACAACAGCAGACGCUGGAGCUGGGUCCGGCGGUGGAUCUGGAACCGUCGGAGGCGGUGGCGUUGUCUGCGUCACCAGCGCCGGUACCGGCGGCGGUCCUGGCUGCGGCGAUGACUGCCGCGACCGCGGCAGGGAACCAGGCCAACGCUCCGGUCGAGGGGGAGGUACCGGUGGCCGCUGUGAGCGCCGGAACAUCUGCUGCUGCCAAGGGCGCAGACACGCAGGAGCGCGACCAGGCGGCGAGCGGAAGACGGGGUCACGGGACCGUCGCCCCUGUACGCGCCGCUCGCGGGAAGGGCGGUAGGAGGCUCCGUGCCCAGCCAGCGCCGAGGCGGCCCGGAGCAGGGCUGGGGCUUGGCGCCCCGGGACCCCUCCGGGGCUGGAGUGAGCAAGAGCAGUCGCCACUAACGCCAGAGCGUCAACCUCCAUCUGUGGGACAAGAAAGAGAGGAAGGCGACGAGGAAGCUGACGUCAGGCACGUGGCAGGACACAUCAGCCCGGAGGCAGUGACUACCCAAGGCCCACAGCGGGAAACACGGAGCUCCACCCGCCCACAAGGGAUUACCUGGGGCCGUCCGAGGCUGGGACUAGCGAGACAGACACACUCACCGUGGAUCCCGGUGGGAAGAGCGCCACAGGCCGGACGAGGGGGGCGGAACGACGAGAGCAGGACCGGGGAGGGAGCACCGAUCCGUGGGGCCCGAGGCGGAGGACGCGGGGCAAGAGGUGGAAGAAGGGGCGGGGGCGCAAUCGUCGGCGGAAGAGAGGCGCUUGUGAGAUCGGGAACGUGGCGGGAACACCACGACCGCCCGGAGCAGGAGGCACCACCGACGAAUCAGGAGGAGAGGGACACGGGGAAUGGGGAGGAUGGGGGGGAUUAUGUAGCCGAGACCCCCGAUACCUCAGAAGAGAUCUCGCUGGAGGUGGAGGGAGACACUACAGGAAGAGAGAGGGGACGGAGAGCAAUUGGGAGAAACCCCCAGGACAGAAACUUUGGUGCGAGAAACCCCCAGGACAGAAACCCUGGUGCGAGAAACCCCCAGGAGGGAAACCACCACGAACGGGGAGAGAUCGGAGCAGUGACGAGUGGGAGCCAGAGAGAAACCGGGCAACCUACCGUACAGUCACCGGCUGGGCUGGCGGCGAACGAGGCCAUCUGGCAGCAGGCGGCCACGUGGGAAGUUGCCCCACUUCAGCGAGGGGACCAACCUUUCUUGGUUCGGAGGAUGCCCCCCAAAAUUUUGGAAAGCUACACCCUCUGCGUGCUGGCACCACUCCUACGCCUGCAGAAAAACCCCGACUGUCCAGGUGCAUGGGUGAUCCUGCAAUUCUUACCGAGGCUGACCUUGCGGCCCCUUCCCGAACCAGUUCAAGGAAGCCGGUGGGUUGGAAUUGAGGGAAGGCUACACCGGUUCCAGCAAGGCAGCUGGGCAGAACUCUUCGAGGAGGCGAAGGUCAUCCCCGAUACGGAGAACCUGUCACGCCACCGAGCCGAUGACGCUGGACUCUGUGCUAGGGCGGAAGGACUUAUGAAGAAGGGUAACAUCUCGAAGGCAGUUGCAGCGUUACGCGCAACCCCACUCGCCGAAACCACACCAGCGACACUCGCUGCACUGCGGGCGAAACACCCCGAUGCUGCAUCGCCCCCGGCAAGGUUCGUUUCCGGCUACACUCAUUCGGAGCUGCGGGUAACACCAGAUGACCUUCGUGAACUACUCAAGCGAUGCCCGAACGGAGUGGGAGCAGGCCCAUCAGGUACUUGCUUCGAACACCUCAAAGACCCUGCGCUCGCGAGUGAGGAGGUGCUCAUACUCCUCGCGCAGAUUAUCAGCUACCUCCUUAGCACCUUCCAGACCCAGGCGGUUCGCGACUUGCUACUGCCCUCAAGACUCAUCGCUCUGGAAAAACCGGGAGGAGGCGUGAGGCCCAUCGCGAUAGGAGAAGCAAUACUCCGCGUAGUGGCAAAGGCGGCUUUGAGGGAAUUAGUGCAGACCAUUCGCGAGUACUUUCUCCCCGUUCAGUUUGGGGUGGCAGUCACUGGCGGCGCAGAGUGCAUCGUCCACUCAGUCCGAUCGCUGCUUCAAGAGGACGAGAGCCGAGUAGCGCUACAGCUCGAUAUUGAGAACGCCUUCAACAGUGUCAAACGGCCGGCAUUCUUUCAGGCGCUCUCGCAAUCGAGCCUGUUAUCACUCCUACCCCUCGUACGCACGCUUUACGACGGGCCGGCCUGGCCAUGA